AUGUCUUCAUCCGGCAAGAAGGACCGUUCUUCCACUUCUUACAAGAAGACGCACAGCUCCAGCAGCCCCAAAAGUCACCACCACAAAGCCAGCGACUCGGGCGUCGGUUCGUUGAGCGACCAAGAUAGUCUUGCAGCCAAUCCUGAUGGGAACUUCACAGCCCAAGGCUACCAGCAGCAGUCUCAGAGUCCCCGCGCUCUCCGCGAAGCCCUCGACGCCGCGAGGUUCGACCUCGACCUGUGGAAACAGAAAUACAGAGAGCUCGAAGAGGACCUACGCGUGGCCCGCUCCGACCACCGUGAUCUCGACGCCAGCUUCCGUGCCCUCAGCCUGAACAACUCUCUGCUCGAGGCGGACCAAAAAACCCACGCCACCAGUAUCCGCAAGCUGCAAGAUGCGUUGCGUGACAAGGCUGACGAGGCAGACCGACUGCGGGAGGAUCUGCGACGAUUCCGCCACAGCCCGCCGCAGGAACCCAACGUCUCGGCCCCGCUCGGCCCCGGCCCCUCCUUCUCUCCCAGAGUGCCAUCGGAUCACAAGCUGCCGCGGACGGAGAGCGACAGGAAGGAGAAGCAUCGCGAGGAGAAGGAGCGACACGCCGAAGACAAGCGUCUUCGAAGCCGCUUCGACAACAAGGAGGAAAAGGGUCCUUCGAGCUCCCACUCUGCAAACUCGGGUUACUCGGGACAGUCAGGGCAUUCGGGGCACUCGGGCCGCUCUCGUCGCACCAGCUACAUCGAGCCAUUCGGCCCCGGCCAUCGAUCCGUGGCCAACGAGCCGGCGGUACAGAACCCGCGAUCCGGCCGUGAUUACGUCCCAUAUGGCGCUUCUUCCGGCGGCCGGCCAGUGGGCAGCACCAGUACCAGCACACCUCGCUCUGUUCAGGUUCCCCGUUAUGCCGCCGGGUACAGCAACUCCGUCUCUUAUGACGAGAGCGAGUUUGAGACGGGCGACUAUUAG